CCCCCCAAGAUAUGAACCACCUUGUUCUUCUACUGUUCAUUUUCUGCAUACCACAUCUAACCAAUGGCAUCGAGUUCAAUUAUCCAGCGGUUUUUAACUUUGGAGACUCGAAUUCCGACACUGGCGACCUAGUCGCCGGUGUCGGUGAUAAACUCGAGUCCCCUAACGGUCAGACUUAUUUUAAAGGACCGUCAGGGAGGUUUUGUGACGGUCGUCUUAUCAUUGAUUUCUUAAUGGAUGCGAUGGACUUGCCUUUCCUAAACGCGUACUUGGAAGCUCUUGGUGUGCCAAAUUUCCGCAAAGGAUGCAAUUUCGCAGCUGCUGGAUCAACUAUUUUACCCCCGUCCGUAAACGCCGUUAGUCCGUUUUCAUUUGGGAUACAAGUGGCUCAAUUUUUUCGAUUCAAGAGUCGGGUUCUUCAGUUGCAAGCCAAGUCAAAAAGGUUCAACAAGUAUUUACCUGAUGAAGACUACUUUAGCCAUGGGCUUUAUAUGUUCGACAUAGGCCAAAAUGAUAUUGCUGGUGCAUUUUACUCAAAAUCUUUCGAUCAAAUUGUGGCUUCGAUUCCAUUGGUUUUAGCCGAAUUUGAAGCCGGAAUCAAGAAAUUAUAUGAUGAUGGUGCAAGAAACUUUUGGAUUCAUAACACGGGCCCACUUGGGUGCUUGGCCCAAAACAUUGCAAAGUUUGGGACAGAUCCCUCAAAGCUCGAUUCCCUUGGUUGUGUUUCUACACACAACCAAGCGGCUAAUCUAUUCAAUAUACAACUACAUGCACUUGCCACGAAAUUGCAAGGGCAAUAUUCAGACGCAAAUGUCACCCCACGUUUUGAACAACCAACGGGUGCAUGUUGUGGGUACGGCGGUCCACCACUAAACUACAACAGCCAAGUGGCGUGUGGCCAAACAAAAACCAUAAACGGUACCUCGAUUACAACAACAGUUUGUAAUGAUACCACUGAAUAUGUGAAUUGGGAUGGAAUCCACUACACCGAAGCUGCAAAUCAACACAUUGCUUCACAAAUACUCACCGGAAAGUUUUCCGAUCCACCAUUUGCUGAUAAAAUGCCGUUUCUUUUAAAUCUCAAGUUUUAAAAGCUCAGAUUGUAAUCAAGACGUUAUCAAAUAAACCAUAAAUUUAUCGAAGUUAUAUUUAUAUUUCAUUUUAUACAAAUUGUAUCAUAUGUUUAAGACUAACGGUCUCCCCUAGGUCCCG